AUGUCAGCAGCGAACCUAGCCCAGCUGUUGGCCCAAUGGGUACGGGAAGCGGGCAUUUCCAAACAGGACGAGUAUGAGGAAGCAGUGUGGAACAAGACCAAAGAGGUCAUGGCAGAAUUUGUGAAUUACAUGGACGACGACAACAUAAUACCGUAUGCAUCGAACUGUGAUAACGCAGGAUGGAACCUUCCCGGACGUCCUGGCGACGGUGACAUCUAUUUUGGACAGACGGUGGGCGAUAAGAUUGUAUGCGUACUUAUGGUAGGGGCCUUAUUUUUCAUGAAUGGGUGGACUAGUACAGAAAUGACUAGACUGAAGGAAGAUAAAAUCAGUGAAAGAAUAAGGGAGCACUUACGAUGCAUAAUAGUACAUAUGUUUAGCGCCGUAUUAGACGCAUACGUGUGUCCGAGUGGGCGGGGCACAUCCUAUGCAUGGAGACAGAUGGAAGGAAUGCACAGUGGGCCCGGCAGUUGGGGGGGGGGUUCGAUAGAGCGGGGAAAAUGUGGUAGAGAACUAGUUGCGCAUGGGAAGAUGCGAACACUUGACUUAAAUGCAGAAGUAAAGAAAUGGUUAGGGGGAAACAGCAAACUACAAAAACGACUUAAAAACGUGAAGGGAACUGCAGCAUGUCGGACACAAUGGCAGCAGAAAUGGAAAAUAGAGGAAUUCUUGAACAAUGAGAAUAUGCAGAAUCAGGAGAACUUAGAGAUUACUCGAGAAGUGCACGACUUGAGGGAAGGCAUGAAGGACAUAUUAAAGGAGCUCGCGAGAGAGGUGGAGCAGGGCGAAGAAGAGAGGCUACGGGCGAAGAAGAGGAAGUUAGGUGAGACAGGCGAGGUUUGGGCAGAAGGAAACAAAUUAGAAAGACGGAGGCAGCAUAAGCACACACACGACAACUACAGACAGUGUAGAACGAAGGAUGGCCAAAACGGACAGGCCUCCACCAAGGCGCGAACACCAUCAUCCAAGGAAGCGCCAGCGAAGGACAGCAAGAGCAAGGCGGCCUCAGACGGUAAUGGGGACAAGACCAAGAAGACAGAAGAGCCACCACCGAAGAAGCCAGAAGAUCCACCAGCUAAGGUACCAGAGGCACCAAAGGAGGUUGUUCCUGAGAAGAAAGUACCAAAGGCACCAGUAUCAGGGGGAGAUUCAGUAUCCAGGGCAGAUCCCACAGCUGGAGGACAGGAUGGGGUAGCGACAGUAUCGGGGCAGCAACCACAAGCACCGGCACCCCCAGUAUUACCAGCAUCACCACCGGCACCACAACCGCCACCUGCGGCACCAACAACGGAAGCAGGGGUUGGACGAGCCGGAGCCGCAGCAGGGGCAGACGGGAACUCCACAGAACCAACGGUUAAGGUUUCGGAUGCAAAGUCCCCAGGUAAGGCGCCAUGUCCCGACAGCAACGGCACAUCUACAGGUGUCUCCAUUAGUUGUGAGACUACCUCGGAUGCAGCACUGGGCGAGACACCAGAAGUCAAAAAACUCCUGGAGGAGGAAGACAAGAACAAGGCAGGUGCAGAUCGCAGAAAAAGUAACAGUGUACCAGAGCCUCCCGCAGCAGCUGAAGCAGCACCUGCAGAAUCCACACCAGCACCAGCUACACCUGUACCUGCAGGAACACCUGCUGUGUCCACGGAAGUAACAGCGAUAACUACUGCAUCCACGGAGAAUCCACCACCAACAGGAGUACAUACUACAGUAACAGGAACAGGAGCAGGAACGGGAGCCACUGUUACCACCGCCAGUACCGGUGCGGAUGACCCCCCUCCUCUCAAUCCACCCAAACCUACAGCGAACCCGAACCCAAAUCAAUCGGGGUCGAGCGGCAGCGGCGCAGGCGGCCGCGGUACUGGUACUGCACAAGGUGCAGGAAGUGGUGGGGCAGGUGCAGAGCCAAGUGCAGGUAGCGCACAUGCAGGAUCAGGUUCUACUGGUCACCAAACCCCGGGUUCCUCAGGACCAGGUGCAACGGGGACUGUGAAACCAAAUUCCUCAGGCACUGGUUCUACCGGUCAUGGUACUGCAACUACAGGAGGUGACGGAGGUGGCUGGGCACUGAACCUGAAACUACCAAAACCAAACGGUAACUUCGGAGGAUCCUAUGGAACAGGUCCCACACCCGAUCCACAUGGUACAAGCUCCAGUACACCUAAGGAAGGCGGCACUCUUGCCCCCGACCUAACCGCCGAUGUCUUUACCGCCACUACUCCCGUACUCUUCUUCCUGUCCGCCGUCGCCGUCGCUCUUCUUGGUUAUUCCCUGUGGAAGCUACGUAUACACUACUUUGCGUACCUCGGAACAAAACGACGACGAAAAUAUCGAACCGUUCGUGACGUGCCGUCACCGCCACUCGACGAACAAAUAUUAGACCAUCUACAACGCGGCGAACGUCCGCCACCACCCGAUUACGGGUACACGGUGGUUAGGGAUAGGCCACCCGCGUUAACAUCCGCUAGAGCACGCCCACCACGCGUGCAUAAGCGCACGAUCAUCGAGCUACAUUUAGAAAUGCUCAACGAAUGUGAAGUGGCGGCAUGGGAAAACGUCAAAGACGACUAUUUGCACAUACUCGUUGAAGCGUUUAUGGGGGACCGCAAUGGGCACAGUGGUUCCCCGGCUUCUUCGUCGAAUCACGAUUCACCAGGGACCAAUGUUGCCUCCACCUUGCAUCCAUCCACUGACAUCGACGGCAUAGAUCCAUGUUCACCACAUGACUGCGAUUCAUGCAGUUGUAUGGAAACUAUACAGUUAGCAACGGACCGUUCUGCACCGAAUGCAGCCGACCCCGAUCCAUGCAGUUGCAUGGAAACUAUACAGUUCGCAACGGACACUUCACCACCCACUGAAGACGACCCCGAUCCAUGGCGUUGUAUGGAAACUAUACCGUUAGCCACGGACCCUUGUCCCCCUAACGAAGAUAACCCCGAUCCAUGGAGUUGUAUGGACAACAUACAGUUACAACUGGACCCUUGUUCACCGAAUGACCAAGAUCCAUGGAGUUGUAUGCAAUCCAUACAGUUAGAUGCAGAACAGAGUCGUGCUCAUUCCGACCCCGGGGAUGCGACGUUGGACUGCAUCCAUUGGAUUAACUGGAUUGACCACCACAAGCAUCUAUUGCACGAGUGCAUGACACAGCCGUGGUUUAUGCAAUUAAAAGCGCAUUGGAAACAAUACUAUCAACAACAUGCGACAAACGAAGUAUCUGGCAACAGUGAACACUGUGAGCACGGUCAUAUCCCGUCCGCAGACAUGACGAAACUGCGGUUGUAG